AUGAGUUCUCUUUUUUUGGUGAGCACAGUCACUGUGGAUGCCCACUUGUCUGGUACAUUUGAUAGAAACCUGAGAGUACGCUGCAUUUCUGAUCUGAUAGAGCUGUUGUAUAGGGAUCGACUUAGUGGAGCGCACUCUUAUGAAAAAGAUGUCUCGCUUGUUGUCUUCGAGCCACAAACAGAGAGAGUGACAAGAAGCAGGACGAAAGGGGUAAGAGACUUGAAUCUUCUUUCUUUCCAAGAUUUACAAGAGCUUUUGCUACUGCAAUUCCCAUGCUUCAAUAUCCGGGUUGUACGUCCACACGAUUUGAAAAGCGUCAUAGGCGAGAUUAAGGCUUCUUCGGACCUUUAUCAUGAUCGGCUGGCCAGGACCUGUGCCUGGAUGUAUUCUGAUGAUAACCACAAUGAAUCAGAUAAACCGAAUGGUAAACAGUUGGGUGCUAAGUGCUGCUCACAGAACGUAUACUCCAUGCUGCGACAGCUGCAACAAGCCCGUAAGAGUCGAGAACAACACAAGGACAAGAUACGAUUUUCUCAGCUUAUAAGUGAGUCUCUGGACGUCCGACAACUACUUACACUUCCAAAGGGAGCUGAUGACGCGCACUAUUGGAAACUGCUUCAAACAUGGGAUUUCUGUGCACUUUCUUUGUCAAUUUGCGAGCUGGUUUGGUGCAGUUUUUUGGUUUUGAAGCGUGCAUCCCAGGAGGCUGACAUGCUCUUAUCCGAAAAUGAUUUACUAAUGAUGCUUAUAACAUUGGAAGCUUCGUAUCACCAAGAGAAUAAAUUUCACAAUUUCAGGCAUGCGGUGGAUGUUAUGCAAGCAACUUGGAGGCUGUGCUUCCAUCUAUCUCGUUACUUGGAUUCUAAAUCAAACAUCUUGCUAUUGUGCGUUGCUGCCAUAGGACACGAUGUUGGCCAUCCGGGGACAAGCAACGUUCUUUUAUCCGAAUACAAAUCGCCUGUGGCAUUGAAAUACGAUAAUAAGUCUGUUUUAGAAAACUUCCACAGUGAGGUAUUCAUUGGCUUAUUGUCAACUCACUUACCGUUACUUGUAGAAAGGCAAGGGAAUUUGAUAACGGAAACGAUCUUAGCUACGGAUAUGGCAUUGCAUUCGCAAUACGUCGAUAAAUUAAAAUCCAACACUUACGCAUCGACCUUGAUGUCGCUAAUAAUUAAAGCCGCCGAUAUUUCCAACGUCACGAGGUCUUUGGAAAUUUCAAGACAAUGGGCCGUUUUAAUUACUUGGGAAUUUAAUGAUUGUGCGUUGCUCGAAAAGAGACUCAAGAGCAACGAUGAAACGGUUGAAGCAGAUGAUUGUGCGGAAAGCAUUCCACCAUCUCUGGAAGAGACUUUAAGAAAAUAUCCCUCUUUGCCUAAGGGACAAUUAUUCUUUAUUAACACUUUUGCUGAGAGCUUGUUCGCGGGUUUGGGAGCAAAGUUUAAGGAAGUUGGGUUUUUGAAUGAAAAUGUUCAAUCCAACAAAAGAUUUUGGGAGGGAAAAUGUCAAUAG